AGAUGGAAGUCUUAAAGUCACCCAAGAAGCCUGAACGUAUUUCUUAGGUGUGUUUGGCACUGGGCUUUUAACUUUACAGAGAGACUUGGCCAAGCCUUUGAUCAGUGACUCGAGGGAGCCGGAAGAGCCUCCGAUGCAGACACCUCAGGGGAACCCUCUGGUGCUUUCCCACACCCUGAAUGAGCUGUUGAGCAAGGACGCCGUGCAGGUGGAGCUGAUCCCGGAGAAGAAGGGCCUCUUUCUCAAACAUGUGGAGUACGAAGUCUCCAGCAAGCGUUUCAGGUGCUCGGUAUACCGGCGCUACAAUGACUUUGUGGUCUUCCAUGAGAUGCUUCUCCAGAAGUUCCCUUACCGGAUGGUCCCUGCGCUUCCCCCCAAAAGGAUGCUCGGAGCCGACCGAGAGUUCAUCGAGACAAGGAGACGCGCCUUGAAGAGGUUCGUUAACUUGGUGGCUCGGCACCCUCCGUUCUCCGAGGAUGUGCUUUUGAAGCUCUUCCUCUCUUUCAGUGGGCCGGAUGUGCAGAAUAAGCUGAGGGAGCUGGUCCAGGGUGUGGGAGACGAAUACAUGACUUGCAAACUAGCGCCUCAGGCCAAGGAUUUCCUGCCAGCGGACAUCCAGGUCCAAUUCGCUGCCAGCCGGGAGCUGAUCCGAAACAUCUAUAACAGCUUCUACAAGCUGCGGGACCGAGCCGAGAGGAUAGCUUUGCGGGCGGUCGACAAUGCUUCGGAUCUCCUGAUGUUUGGGAAGGAACUAAGUGCUUUGGGCUCGGACACGACUCCGCUCCCGUCUUGGGCUGCCUUGAACAACAGCGCCUGGGGGAACCUCAAGCAGGCCCUGAAAGGCCUCUCCGUGGAAUUUGCACUCCUCGCCGACAAAGCUGUGCAACAGGGUAAACAGGAAGAGAGUGACGUGGUGGAGAAGCUGAACCUUUUCCUGGACUUGCUCCAGUCUUAUAAAGAUCUGUGCGAGAGGCAUGAGAAGGGAGUCCUGCACAAGCACCAGAGAGCUUUGCAUAAGUAUAGCAUGAUGAAACGCCAGAUGAUGAGCGCCACGGCACAGAACAAGGAGCCGGAGUCCGUGGAGCAGUUGGAAUCCCGGAUUGUGGAGCAAGAGAACGCGAUCCUGACCAUGGAGCUGCGGAACUUCUUCUCCCUCUACUGCCUGCACCAAGAGACUCAGCUGAUCCACAUCUACCUUCCGCUCACAUCUCACAUCCUGGGGGCUUUCGUCAACUCCCAGAUUCAGGGUCAUAAGGAGAUGAGCAAAGUCUGGAGUGAACUGAAGCCCAAACUCAGCUGCCUCUUUGGGGGAUCCAGCAACACGCAGGCAUCAACCCCGUUGUCAUCACAGGAGGGAAACCUCUUUUCUAGUUAAUGCUUUAGGACUCUCCGGGAGGCGGCGGGCAGGGGGAGAGCGGUGUGCCGGUGUGUGACAUAAAACCAUGGAGGCCUUUGCUUUCUUUAACUCUGCUUCUACUCGUCUUCCCACCUCCCUUUUGCUGCUUUGAGCUGCUCCCUGAUUUGAUGGGCUACCUGGAAAUGUGACAGAGCACAGAGCAAGAGGCUCUCCCACCUUUUCAAUUAUUUCCUUGUCCCUGUUGAAGUGCUGGAGCGUGGGGAGGAACGUUCUUCUCCCAGAAGCUUCUUGUUUAUGCGCAGGACAGAGUGCUAGGAAUUUUCGGUCACUGGUGUACUCCGGGGCCCUCCAGAUGCCAUUGGACUUUGGCUCCCAUCGUCCCCAGCCAGCAUGGCUAAUAAUUGGGGAUGAUGGGAGCUGUGGUGCCACCAGGGCAACUGGUAACCAGUUGCCCUGCCCUGAUAUACCUGUUCAUUUAACUUUACCCAUGUCUAAUGGCUGGUUCUUAGGCAAACUUGACUCUCUCAAGUUAAAGUUGUAUCUUUCUCUCUCCCCCCCCGUGUGUGUGUGUGUGUGUGUGUGUGUGUGUGUUUGAGUUUGACUUUAGCUCAGUUGUAGAGCCCUUCCUGAGAUGCAGAAGGUACCAGCUUCGAUCCUGGACAUGAAACAGAUCACAUGGCAGCGAUGAGAAAGAUCCUUCCCUGCUUGGCAUUCUGGAGAGCUGCUGCCAGCCAGAGCAGGCAAUAAUGGAGUAGCUGGAGAGAUAUCUGACCUGAUAGAAAGCAAAUCUGAACGCUUGUCCCUUGAGCCAUUCCGGUUUCUGCAUCUGGCUGUCCCUUAAGGCAGCCUUCCUCAACCCGCUACCAGGCUAUUGUUCCUGGCCUCCACAGCCAUUGAAAAUGGAGGAUAUUGCUUUGGAGGAUGCUGCCUUCAGGGAAAGGGAGAGCAGCUAGAUGGAGCUGGGCCAAAUCUGGCCCCAAGCCGCGUAUGCCAUGCGACCCAGUUGGAGAUCAAAAUAUGGAGGGAGGAACAUCUAUGGUUUGAGAUGAUACCAUGACAUCACGUUGCAGAUGGAGUUGGGAGCCUUCAUUAUCCCCCACCCUUUCCAAAGUGGCUGACUCUCCUGAAAAACUAGUUACAGUUUAGGGACCAAGGGUUGCAGACAUUUGUCUACAUGAAUAGCUUGUGUGUGUAGAAAAGUCUUGCACGUUUCUCUCCUUAUUAUGAACGUACCAGUUUACUAGAGCUAGGAAGCUGUGGCUGAGUGGCCAGAAGGUCGACCCCAUCGUAUAGCAUCCAUAACAUGGCGCGCCGGGGAAAAGCACAGCAAUAAGCUAUAUGGUGGAAGUCGAAGUUAUGUUAUGUGUUUAAAGGAUGUCUCAGGAAACAAUGCAAAUAUUUUAAAAAUGUCUGUAAAAAACAAAUCCCAUAUUUCUCAAAAAGACAAAUCAGGUCUGAAAAGAAUCCGCCUUCCUCCCAGAUGGAUGCAGUCAGACUUCAUCUCUGCUAAACUGAUUGUUGGCAGAAUCAGAUAAACACUGCUGGGUCGAGAGAUCUUUAGAGCUGAGUAUUACACUCGGCUGACCCUUGAAAUCAGUGCUAUUGAUAUAACCGAGACACUCCAUAAAGGUACAACAUUCCAGUAUGUUUUUCUAAGGUUCACAAUUUUUUUUUUGUUCAGUCGUGUCCGACUCUAGGGGGCGGUGCUCAUCCCCGUUUC